CUGUUAUCGUGGCCCGCUAUGGCGUGCUGCCAAUUGAGCACUUUCACGGCGCCAUCUACAUGUAAUCAAGCCAUUGAGUCCAUUUUGACCUCUCAAAACGCGUCAAGAUGCUUCCACGCUUAUUCGGAUCGCCCCGACAGCCGUGUCUGUUCCCCAACAAUUCGCGACGGACGUGACGUUGCCAAGGCAGACGACAUACGUGUAGAUGCCACGGUUGGAAAACGUCGGGAUGCAUAUACCAAAAAGGGAAAAGGCAACGAAUCAUAUUUAACGUUCAACUAGUGACGCUACUCGAGUUUGAGCAGGUACUUACAAAUGGCGAAGGAUGGUGCAACCCUACGUUCACGAUUGCGUGCUAGCUAUUGCGUGAUUGAAGCCCCGCGAUAGGUUAAAGUAGAGAUAGGAAGAAAGGAAAAGGUUACAGCGCCACCAGUACCUUAACCUAAUUCUAAGCCUCCCUUACGUUCCAAGCCGGGAAAAGGAGACUGAAAGUGGUACCAUUAGUCGUCUAUCUUGUCUAUCUUGCAGACGCUUGAACCCGGGGUAGUAUACGAGGGCAAGUAUUUAAGCUGAUCCUUUCAACUUAUACCUUAUCUUUUUAAUCAUUUCUCUCUCUGCGUUACAUACCAUCCAACCCGGAUUACUUCCAAUCCCCUUUCUUUUCUGUUAGAUAUUUCCCAGUUAGGAUAGACCAAAAAGGGAUUAGAGGAAACUCAACCAUGGCUCCCGCCGUUGACAUUGACACUCCUGUCGAUGCGAUUCAAGGCCUCAAGGCCCGCGCAAAACAGGUUGACCGUUCCAUCUUUCCAGAUGGUCUUAAGACAACAGGUCAACACCCUCCGCUGUAUGACCAAGUAUACCCCUACAGCGCAUUCCCUAAGCGCAUUGAGGGUCCUACAGAAUGGAAAGCGGAAGACUACGCCAAUAACCCAGAGAGAUGGGUUCACCAAUUCUCUGAAGAGGAAUUAGCCGAAAUUUCCGAGACGGCUGACAACUUCAUCAAACUUGGAUUACCCCUAACUGGCAUUAACAAAGAUAACUUCCAACUUCCGCGUUUAGCAGCGUCCUUAGCCGCUGUACGCCGGGAACUUCUAAACGGAAAGGGAUUCAUCUUGUAUAAAGGGUUUCCCGUAAAUGAAUGGGGAAACCACAAGUCGGCCGUCGCCUACAUGGGCUUGGGAGCUUACCUCGGCUACCCAGUAUCUCAAAACGGACACGGCCAUAUCCUAGGACACGUUCAGGACCUCGGCGAGGACAGCACACAGAUAGAUAAAGUCCGAAUAUACAGGACAAACGCCCGCCAAUUCUUUCACGCAGACGACUGCGAUAUCGUCGGUCUGCUAUGCAUCGCGAAAGCCGAGUUCGGAGGCGAGUCGGAUGUGGCGUCCAUCCACAACGUCUGGAACAUCCUCCAAGAAGAACGUCCAGACGUCGCGGAGCUUCUCACCAAACCCAUCUGGUACUUCGACCGCAAAGGCGAGGUUUCCAAGGGCGAGGACCCGUAUAUCCGGGCAGCCGUGUUCUACCUCGAGACGCCAGACCCGGCGAACCCGAACCGGGAACAGCGGGUCUACUGCAAGUGGGAUCCGUACUUCGUCCGCAGCUUAACCCGGUUCUCGGACAAGGGCAUAAUCCCCCCGCUGUCGCCGGAGCAGGAAGAAGCGGUUAAGCUGCUAGAAGCGACUUGUGAGAGAGUGAAGCUGCACAUGAUCCUGGAUAUCGGCGACAUCCAAUUCGUCGCCAACACGCAUACCCUCCACGCGAGGACGGCGUACCGCGACUUCGGCCCCGAUAGCGGGAAGCCGAGACGCCACUUGAUGCGACUGUGGCUUUCUCUGCCGCAAGACGAGGGCGGGUGGAGGCUGCCGUUCUGGGACUCGGAUGAGAAGAAGCGCGGAGGGAUUCAAGUUGACGAUACACCCCCCGUCGCGAGGCUGGAGGGUGAUUAGAUGCGAUCUAGCGUUUGUUUGUAAUAUAGUCUGUAGACUAUUAUCUACCACUACAUGAAUUAUUAAUGAGACUAUGAGA